AUGUCCGUCUUCAAUUCCUCCAGAUUGCUCAACAAGACCGUUCUCAUUACAGGUGCUAGCUCCGGCAUUGGCGCUGCCACAGCUGUUCUCUUUGCAAAGGGAGGAGCAAACGUUAUCCUCCUGGCGAGACGUGCAGAGGCCCUUGCUAAGGUGCAGGAGCAGUGCCGACAGGCCCACCAGGCGUCUGGGCUGAAGGAGGGUGGUCAAUUCGCAUCUAUUCCACUCGACGUCUCCGAUAGGAGCCAGAUUGCGUCUCUAUGGGAUAAGGUCCCCUCUAACCUCCGCAACGUUGACGUUCUUGUGAACAAUGCGGGCUUCGUCCUCGGUGUCGACCACGUAGGCAACAUUGCCGAGGAAGAGGUCCAGAAGAUGUUUGAAACUAACGUCUUUGGUCUGAUCUCCCUCACGCAACUGCUCGUCAGAGACUUCAAGGCAAAGAACGCUGGUCACGUCAUCAACCUCGGUUCUAUUGCUGGACGAGAACCAUACGCUGGAGGAAGCAUCUACACUGCAACCAAGCAUGCCGUCCGUGCCUUCACUGGAUCUCUGUUGCGCGAGCUCGUGAACACCCCUAUCCGCGUGACUGAGAUCCAACCAGGCAUGGUCGAAACCGAAUUCUCCAUCGUGCGAUACCGCGGAGACGAAUCAGCAGCGAAGAAAGUGUACGAGGGCCUCCAACCUUUGGUCGCAGAAGACAUCGCCGAAGAGAUCGUCUGGGCAGCAGCUCGUCCACCUCACGUCAACAUCGCCGAAGUCCUCGUUUUCCCAGUAAACCAGGCUAGCGCGGGUAUCAAGUGGCAAGGUAACAACAAGUAA